AUGAAUAAUGUUAUUGCCUUAAAUAACUUUGAUGUGACGUCACAAGAGGAUCCAACGGUAUCCUCAGCAAGUCUAUGCAUGUCGCCCAACGACACUACGGACACAACGGACGCGCCCGUGUGUACGUCCACGCCGUUCGAGAGACGCGUGACAAAUGGAUACAGACACGAGACGCUGGAUAACAGGAGGGAUUGCGACACUGUUAAUGGGAAUGUUCAUGUUAAUAUAGUGUCGGCGUCGACCAACAAUAUGGAUGUCUUAAGCGGUGGAGAGAGUGACGCAGGCGAUACAUUGUCGAGGCGGAACAAUAAUAGCAUACCAUCCGGAGUAGCGGUAGCGGGAGACACAGGCAAGCGACGCGGCGACAUAACGUAUUAUGUGGCUAAAGAAUUACUCAUGACGGAACGAACGUACAAGCGCGACCUGGAGUUAGUCACAGUUACGUGGUCGAAGCGCGUGGGGUCGCUGUGCCGCAGCGCGGCGGGCGGCGCGGAGGCGGCGGCGCUGGCGCGCGCCUGCCUCGCGCUCGAGCCGCUGGCGCUGCCGGCCGGCGCGCUGCUCGCCCGCCUCGACCGCGCGCUGGCCUCCGAGCCCGCCGCCCACGAAGAAGUGGAUUUGGAAACUCUGCUUGCGUUACCCGCGGGACCGUUUCUUGCGUACCUCGAUCGAAUUGUCUCAUGUAUCGAUUUACCGAUCAAAAAUAAUGAAGAACCAGAAUAUAAGAAAGUUGCUGAGUUACUAAGCGACUAUUUGACCAACACAUCUGACGCGUACAAGUCGUACACGGAGCAGGCGGCGGGCGCCGUGGCGCUGGUGGAGAGCGCGCGGCGGCGCGGCGGCGAGGGCGCGCGCCACGCCGCCGCCUUCGAGCGCGCCGCGCCGCUGCCGCUCGCCUGCCUGCUGCUGCGGCCGCUGCACCGCCUGCAGCACUACGAGCGGCUCGCUCACGAGCUUUGGUCGGCGACGGGUAGCAAGAUGGCUCGUGCAGCGCUUGAAUGCGCUCGAAGCCUUGCGGAAGCAGCGAAUGAACAACUACGACAUGUGGAGAACCACGCCGCGCUGUGUCAGUUGCAGCGAGAUCUCGUUGGAUAUGAUAAGUUGCUGGUCGCAGACCGAGAAUUUAUAAGAUUGGGCUGCGUCUAUACACACACUUCAAAGGGAUUGCAACAAAGAAUGCUGUUUUUGUUCAACGACAUUCUCAUCCUGGCUUCGAAGUGUUCGAGCGGUCAGUUUCGAGCGCAGGCGGUGUUGCCGCUGCAACAGUUGACUAUCGAAAAUGCGGAUUUACCUCAUUCCUUUGUCAUUAAAGUGACUGACGAGUCUCGACUGACGCUAAGCAGCAGCGAGAGCGAGUACGCCGGGUGGAGCGCCGCCGUAGAGGACGCGAUAGCCCGCGCACGCGACCGCCCGGCGCCCACGCCCGGAGACUUGCAGCUUUCCAACGCACUGCCUGACUACGAGGAGAGUGAAGGCGCGGGCGCGGGCGCGGGCAGCGCACUGGCGCACGUGUGCUGGCACCGCGCCGCCUCGCUGCGGCGGGCGCAGCUGCACCGCGCCAUGCGGAGCCAACUGUCCGGCUACUUACUACGAAAGUUCAAGAACUCACAUGGCUGGCAGAAGCUGUGGGUGGUGUUCGCGAUGUUCACAUUGUUCUUUUAUAAGACGUGUCGUGACAACUCGCCAUUAGCCUCGCUGCCUCUGCUUGGCUACAACGUGGGCGCGCCGGUUCCGAGUGACGGCAUCGACAAGGAGUUCGUGUUCAAACUGCAGUUCAAGAACCACGUGUACUUCUUCCGAGCGGACAGCCACUUCACUUAUAGCAGAUGGAUAGAAGUCUUAAAAACCCCGAUGGCUUCAGACAGCAACUGAAUAAUGUUAACUAUAGUAAAACUCCAAAUUUGUAAGAAAAAUUUAAAAUAAGAAUACAAAAGAAAUGUUUUAAUAUAGUAAAACCAUUAACAUUGGUGCCAUAAGUUGAUAGGACGCUCUGUAAAAAAUAAGCAAAUUUUUAAUUAGUAAAAAUAUCUGUACACUUUCAAAAGAUCUUGCCUAUAUUUAUUUCGUAAACAGGUAGGUUUCGUUUAUUUAUAUCAAUUAUAUUAGUACAGAUUUUAAGUGGAGUGGAGAUGUUAUUGAUUCUUGUUAUUUUCAUUUGUUGAAAUAAAAAUUUCUUUUAUUAA